AUUAUUGGAAGGUCCAACACAUUCACGUUCUGUUCCCGCGACAUCUGUGAAAUCAACUUAGGCUAUUAUUAUAUAAGGGCGUCGAGAACGUUCGUCGUAGGCUAACGGAGCGCAAACCAAGAAAAAAUGUGUAAAACAAAAAAUGUUUAACACAUGCUACGAAUUCGUUCUAUUGGCCCAUCCCAAGUAGGCUAUAAAGUUGCGCUUCGUUACGCCGCGUUUGUCGCUAGUGUGAAAGUGUUUUUCAUUUUUUUUUUACUAUUCAGUCGACGGGAAACUGGUGGUUGGGCAUCAAGCUGAAAACGUUUAUUCCCGAAAUAAUAUCAACUAUAGGUAUAAUAUGUACGAAAGCAACAUGAGUGUUUUGCGCCAACAGUUUAAAAAUGGUUUUGCAUUGCGUACAUUUUUGAUUUGUGUCAUUUCGUUUGUGACUCUAUUGGCCAUUUCCGUUUUAUACACACCUGCUCUUCAAGACCGUAAUUUUCUAGUACGCCUAUUAGGUCCAUUUAAAUCAACUUGUAGUUACGCUGCUGACCGAAGAGGUCCUAAUCAAAAGAUCAUCAGCUAUUCUCUUUAUGGGAACUUUUCUGGGCAUGAUCAUAUCAGAAAAUAUGUACUUCCACUUAAAGAAACCCUCAAUUCGAUACCUUCAAUAUAUCCAGGGUGGAUUGUUAGGAUUUAUCACAAUUUGAAAAAAGACGACAGCCAAAGUUGGGAAUCGUUCAAUAGCCAUUUAGAAAUAGGAAGUCACGUCGAUAUUUGCAAUGCCACAGAAGUUGUGGAAAAUCGAAAAUUGGGAACACAUCUAGGUGCCGCGACCUGGCGUUGGUUACCUAUGCUCGAUGAAAUGGUGGACACGGUAAUGUCUAGAGACUCUGAUAGUCGAAUCAUACCUCGUGAAGAGGAUGCCGUUCGUGAAUGGUUGGCCAGUGACCGGAUUUACCAUAUUAUGAGAGACCACCCAAAUCACUGUACUAGUUUUAUUCUAGCAGGUAUGUGGGGAGUCAAACUCAGCCAAGAUCGUCCACAAAUCGCGGGUUUGUUCCAGAAGAUUUUAAACAUGGAACAUAAGGAUUACUACGGUUACGAUCAAACAUUUUUGAAAGACUACUUUUGGCCUAUUGCGCAAACCAACAUGGUGUCUCAUGACAGUUACUGCUGUGGAAAUUUUCCGUUCAGUCGGCCGUACCCGACGCCAAGAACUAACGGCCAUUUCAUCGGCGAGCGAAAUAUCCCCUCUGAAGCCCUUAGGUUUCCAUGUCCGGUCAAAUGUCGCCCAGUAAACGCUACAUCCGAGUGGAAUUAUUGCUGAAUUUGUUUACCUAUAUGCUGUAGAUCCGAAAAUGACGGGCUUCUUCAAGAAGUAGGCUACAGACGGCAUUUAGUAAUUAUUUAAUAUAAGAUUUCUGGCUUGCUGUAAAGUAUUUUGCCUUAAAAUUUUCAUUGUCACUCAGACAAGUGCAUAAUUUUCCUUCCCAUUUCAGUGACGUUGUCACAGUUCCUGUUAUUCCGUGUUAUUCCUAAUAUACGUCGUUUUGUUAUGUAUUUAUCCGUGGUUUGCACAAUAUUCUGAUAAAUUCUGCAAUAGUUUAUUGUUAAUAACCUCUACGAAAUUUAUUGUUAAAGAAGAUAAUCUGCUAUUGAUAUUGUCCAUUAUAAUUUUGCGACUUGUCCCUUGCUGGUGUAUGCAAUUUUUUUCAAACAAAAUCUAAAAUAGUUCAUUCAAACCGAUACAAACCGAUACACCGCAGUUUAAAACCGAUAUACGGCGGACGGCGCCAUGAUUUCCUGGCGUGACUCAGUUUGCUAUUUUCCACUGGACGAUAAAGAAUACACAAUGCGACAAAAUAGA